AUGUCAGAUUCUGAAUCUGAAACCCCUCACAACAACCGAUCAAUAACUCUCUCAGCCAAGCAAUUCGCUGAAUUUAUGAGACUAAAUGUGUCUCAGAAAACCUCCAACCAUCAACCUUCGUCCCUGGAAUCGAUAGGCGAGGUGCGCCUGACGGACAAACUCAAUGGGGAUAAUUACCACCUAUGGGUAAAACUGAUGAGACGAGCCAUCGGUGGAAAAGGUCUGGCGUCUCACAUAUCCGGAGUUACAGACCCCCCUCCACCGACUGACCCACACUUCGAUCGAUGGCAGCAACGAGAUGAUUGUUGCUUCAACUGGAUUAUAAGCAACAUCGACGCCAGCCUCGUGAACGAGCCAUCUCGCCUCUGUCGAUUACCAUCUUUAAGAAUCACCUCCUCCUCGUCCCCGUUUUCCAACUCAAAUACUGAUCAAGACGCUCUCCUCACCUUCAAAAACGCAAUCAAUUUGGAGUCCGAUUCCAUGCUGAACAAAAACUGGUCCACAAAUGCUUCCAUCUGUAGCUGGACUGGCGUCUCAUGCAGCCUCGACCACCAAAGGGUCACGGCCCUCAAUUUCUCCGGCUUCCUCCUCCACGGAACCAUCUCUCCACAUCUUGGAAACUUAACGUUCCUUCAGUCUUUGGACUUGAGCUCCAAUAAUUUCACAGGCUCCAUACCCUCAGAGCUGUACAACAUCCAAAGGCUUAAGACAUUGAACUUAUCGAGUAAUCAGCUUGUGGGUGGUUUACCGAGUGGCAUCUUCACCAACAUGUCUGUGUUGGUAGAGAUCAACCUCAGGUUUAACAACCUAUCAGGCGAGCUCCCAAGUGAUAUAUGCAGUAACACUCCGAAGCUCAAGAGAUUACUUCUGAGCGGAAAUAAAAUUGUUGGAAAAAUCCCGAAGAGUAUAUGGAAGUGCGUAGAGAUGGAAGAUUUGCGAAUAUCCUCUAACAAAAUCACUGCCAACAUACCAACUGAAAUCGGGAACUUGACGAAGCUUACUUUUCUAAGCAUGUUUUCAAACCAUUUGGAAGGAGAAAUUCCUUCAUCUGUCUUCAACAUUUCUUCUCUGGAAAUUGUGUACCUUAGUGACAACAUUCUUAGUAGUAGUGUCCCCAUUUUCAACAGUUUAACCAGGCUUCAAUUAUUGUAUCUUGACAGCAACUACUUGACAGGUGGCAUACCCAAAGAAAUUGGAUAUCUCACCUCCUUGCAGCAUCUAAAACUUAAUAAAAACAACUUGACAGAAUAA